UCAGCUCACGAGUAGUACUAGUGUGAAAGGUUCCGUCACUCGCUCCACUGUCGACAGCUGCUUCUUCUUCUCUUGUGCUUUCGCCUUCCGGGGAGGGGAGGGGAACAAUGGCGCUCUCUCCCUCCUCCUCCGCCAUGGCUCUUCCUCGCGUGCGCUUCUGCUGACUUGGACGGGACUGACGCUGGUGUUCACGAGCGAGAGGGCAGGCGCAACACCCCAGCCCAGCUUAUUCGGCGUGCCAGGCGAAGCGACGAGGCAGUCAGUCAGCGGCAGCUAGUCUAUAUCUACUCAAAGGGGCAGCAGGCCGGGCUCGACAUCCUCCCCUCUGAGAGAGAGAGAGAGAGAGAGAUCACAGGACGCACAACCGGGCAAGGGCAACGAGCCGAAUCGAGCCAGCAGGAGGCAGGCUUGGCUUGGCCUGGCAUGGAGAAGAUGAUGCUGCAGCAGGAGCAGGAGGCGCGGCCGCCCGCGUCCACGUGCCCGCCGUGGCUCCAGGCGGCCAUCGCAGACAUCGAGCAGCGCGUGCGCGCGCUGGCGGCCGGCGCGCCGGACGACGACGCGGCGGCGGCGGCCGCGGACCACUCGUUCGCCGAGCGCGCCGAGAACUACUACCAUCGCCGACCGCAGCUGCUCGCGCUCCUCACCGACCUCCACCACCGCUACCUCUACCUCGCCGACCGCUACGCCCAAUCCCUCCUCGCCAGCGCCAAGUCCUACUCCCACCACCUCAACCUCAACCUGAUCAACUCCGACUGCUCCUCCGACCUCGACGACCGCUCCUCCGACGCCGGCAGCUCCCUCUCCUUCCAGCCCCAACUCGGAAUCGCCGAUGAUCGCUUCCCCGUUCCAAUUGCUGCUCCGGCGGUGGACGGCGAGCUGGUGGUGGCGGAGCUGGUGAUGGCGUGGGUGGACCGGGACGUGCUGGCGGACGAGGCGGACCGCCAGAGGGCCGAGUCGGCGCGCAAGAUCGACCUGCAGGGGAGCCUGCUGGAGGUGCUCGAGUCGGAGCGCCUGGUCCUGCUGGGCGAGAACGCGCGCCUGGCCUUCCGCGCCUCGGCUGCCGAGGAGGAGGCCGCGGCGGCGGCUGCCGAGCUCGGCUACACGCGGCGCCGCGCGGCGGACAUGGCCCGGCUGGCCGUGAAGCUGCGGGACGACCACCGGGCGUGCAUCCUCGGGCGGAAGGUGGAGGCGCUGCAGGCGCAGGUGUAUGGGCUGGAGCUCCGCAACCGGGAGUGCUUCGAGGCCAUGGCCGCCUGGGAGGCCGAGAGGAAGGCCGGCGUCGCCGAGAUCGAACGCCUCCGUGCCGAGAACCGCCGCCUCGCCGCCGAGGCCGCCGCGGCCGCGCAGGCGUCGGCGAGGAGGAAGCGUGGGGGCGGCAAGGGUGGCGGGACCGGUUGGUGGUGGCUGGCGAGGGUGCGGCUGGCGGCCGAGUGGACGCCGUGCGCGCCGUCGUCGGUGACGGUGAGGAAGGUCGGCGAGCAGAUGAAGGGCGGCAAGUACAACGGCGGCUGCUUCUGCCUGUAGGCACGCGGCGGCGGCGUCGUGGCACCGGCGACGCAGUGGUGCUUCUUUUUGGUUUGUCCCCUUGGAGUAUGGCGGUAUUACUCAGGGGAAGAUCGACGAAGACGUGGUUAGUCUUGGGUUAUUAUGAGGCAACGCAGGGUGUAAGAUGAUAAUUAAGUAGCUGUUCUUGGACUGGUUUACCCCAUCACUGUCACCGGCACUAAUGGAGCUGUGAUGCUUCUGUCGGUGUCGGUGGAGGUGGAGAUGGGCAAAGUACGAGUAUUAUGAGAGACAUGUACGUAGUAAGUAGUAGUAUUUGUUUUUUUAAGAAUUUAGUAAGGAGUAGUAUUAAGCAGUAAUGUCCAAUGAGACGCAAAGUUGUUACUCUAA